CAAACCCCACCAUCCUCCUCAGCUCCCCUCCGACGUGAGGAUGUGUGGGACGGGGCUACAGUGGAUCAAGAGUGAAAAUAGUAACCCGAAUCAACAGCGCGUCCGCCACGCUCGCCGCCGCAAAUGCCACACACUGCAUGGACUGGAGGCGGGAAAGGCCCGGGUGUCCACUCAAAGGUAACGAGGUCAGGAGUCGCUCCUCUAAGUCGCGUGAAGCGACGAGGCCACGCCUACGUAACUACAGACGCUCCUCAUUGGACCAACUCUCCCCGCUAACGGUUGUCCACGCCGCCUACUAUUUCCCUGGGACCAACGUCGAAAAUUGCCCUCGUGCCCGCGCCCAGAGCACCGCGCCUGCGCACAGUCUCCAGCGGUAGACUGAGGAGCUGUCAGUGCGCAUGAUCCACCCUUGAUCUCUGCCCCGCUGAUUUUUGAACGCGGUUUCUGAAGCCUCAUGGCGUGCGCAUGCGUGCCUAUGGUAGCUGCCUCUGUCUCCAUAAAAGCGAGAAGCGGCGGGUAUUUGCUGCGGGGCCUGCCGGAAGUCGCUCUGCUCUCUCUCUUCCGCGCUGCACUGGCGGAAACUCAAGACCUUGAAAAGAGGUUCCGGGGCUGGGUUGGCUUGGCCUGGCUGCAGGCGGCAGAAUGGAGACUGAGGACGCGGGACUGAGCUGCCGCCCGACCUUGGCCUCUUCCUGGGAUGCCGAACGCGGGGCCCUGACCCAGAGUCUCCUUCUCACCCAGGCUGGUCUCGGCGCCCGCGACUUCGACUGCGAAGAGCUGCUGGCGCCGCCUGCUUCGGGGCAGGAUCUGGUGAUUUUGAAGAGAAGCCUGAACAGCCAAGAUGAAAGCCCCUGCUUCCUCUACCUGAGGUGUGACCCUGCCGGAGGUGGAGAAAUCGUUUCUGUGGGCAUUCUCAGUUCUGCAAGAAACAUGGAAGUAUACUUAGGAGAGGAGUACUGUGGAACCAGUCGGGGCAAGAAUGUUGGUACUGUCCUGGAUGACAGUGAACAUGACAAAAUUAUUUUGUACAAAAAAUAUCUAAAAUUGGAGUCCUCUACACAUGCUUGUCAAAUAAAGUUGCUGUCCUUUGGUGAAAAGCAGUGUGUAUUCAUCAGUAAAGUUGUGGUACACAUGAGAUCGGUUUUGGCAAAUUCGUCAAAAAACUCUCCUGCUCUAGGAUCAAGGAUAGACCUUGACAAGGUCCAAAGCAUAAUGGAGUCCAUGGGAUCAAAGUUAUCACCUGGAGCUCAGCAACUGAUGAAUAUGGUUAGAUUCCAGCAGCAGAAUUGCAUUCCCUUUGAAGAGCAGCUUCAGUCGGUUUUGGGAAAUCCUGGAUACAAGCAUGUGAUUGGACUACAACCCUUAUCUACCUUAGAAUCCUCAGACAAGUCAUCCUCCACACCUUUUCCUUUUAGAACUGGAUUGAUGUCUGGAAACGUGACUGAAAACUUAAAAGCUUACAUCGACAAAAGUACACAGCCACCUGGUCAAGGGAAUACUACAAACCUUAGCGAGUGUAAAAUUAUGCCACAAAAUCAUUCGCUUCUUGAAAAUGAUCUUAAAAAUGCAGUAUCCUCUUUCUUACCAAAGAAAACAAUUGACAGCUCAGAUAUAUCUAACUCUGAGUUGCUGCCUUUUCUCCAGAAUUUGUGUAGUCAAGUUAAUCAUCUCCGUGUGGGACGUAAGGCUGAGUGGCAGGAAAACAUCACCAAGCCCAGUGAAGGCAUUCUUGGUGUUGGAAUAGAAGAACAACCUGUUUGCUCCUACCUGGAAAAGAUUCUUUCUAAAAAUAUGGAACUGAUGGAAAAGAAAUUUAUGGACUACAUUGAUCAGCGAAUAUAUAAACUCCAGGAGCACAUAGAUGAUAAGAUUGCUUUGUUAAUGGACUUGCUGCAAAAUCCCAACCCCCCACCCACUGGGAUGCCGCUAAGACAUUGUGACUCUGGAGAAAGACUUUCAAAUGGAGAGAGAUAAGCUCUCAACAUAUACAAUGUACUGCAGAUAUUUAUUGCAUAUUUAUUACAAAGCCAAAACCCAAAAAUGUCUCUGAAAAGCAAGGAUUUAAUGUCCUUUGAAGGUUCUUAAUCUUACUUAACAUAAAGUGACCUCAGUGUUCAUUUUUACUACACUUGUUCAUGUAAAUCCAGUACUGUACACUAUGAGUUAACAUGAUAUAGUCAUAAAUUAUUUUUGCUAGCAAGAUUUUUCACUCUAGUAGAAGUUUAUGCAUGCUUGUAUUGCUUAAGUGUUUAAAAUGUUUAAGAAUUUCUAAUUCAGUUCAUUAGUUUGUAUUGUAUAUUGUAUAUGUGUUUAAAGUGACUUAUUUAGUAAAAGGUGAAAGAUUUAUACCGUCUGAAGAGAAACCAGAGUAUGAAGUGACUAAUUUACACAAAGACCUUAUUAUAUAGUUUUAGGAAUAUAAAAAAUAACACUUAGAGUAUUUGAUUCUUUUUUUCUUUUUCUAAUUGUCUUGGAAAAUUGGAUACUUAAGACUUGGAACCUUUAAUUCAGAUCACUAAUUUACAUUUUGUAUUGCUUAUCUGAGAUAAUGAGUAAGAUGUGAUCCAUAUUUGGAAUGUGUGAAAUUAGUUCACACCAGCUGUUUAUUUGUUUCAUAGCAGCAUAGCUGUAGAUAGGAAAGUAAACAAUCAGAAAUGGCCUAUUUCUUGUUAGGAUUAGUCCUUUGGAUUUGGUGUUUCGUGUGAAACAGGAGCAGUCAUCUCAUUUGACCUAAGUAACCCCAGAUAGUGUAAGGAAGUCUCUCUUUUUGAACAACUGAUAAAUGUUUUUCUCUCCCAGAGUCCUUUUCUGGUGUGUUUACCAUAUGAAAUGCUGAGGUUCUGCAUGGAAGGAUUAAGGUAUAUGAAUCCAGAGAUUGCAGUUCUCUCUGGCAGACUUAAUUUUCAGAUCUUGUAACUCCUGUAUAUUUGUUGAAGGGUGAUAUAUUUGCACAUAAAAAUAAAUACAUCCACUCUGGAAGCUACUUGUCUUAAUAAAACUAUUUUAUUUUUAA